GCUUUAUAAUCACUUGGUCGCGGCCGUUUGGUUUCCAUCUCGGAGAGGGCGGCCCAGCCAGCUGCAACCAGGGCGCCGGCUGCGGGGGCGCUGAGGCGGGAGCUGUGGCGGCGCUGGGCGGCGCUCGCCCCUCGGCGUCUGGGGGCCAUGGGCUCCGAGAAAGACUCCGAAUCGCCGCGCUCUACAUCUCUACACGCGGCCGCGCCCGACCCCAAGUGCCGCAGCAACGGCCGGCGCCGGCGCCUCACCUUCCACAGCGUCUUCUCCGCCUCGGCCCGCGGCCGCCGCUCCCGGGCCAAGCCUCAGGCCGAGCCGCCGCCCCCAGCCGCGCCGCCGCCGCCCGCCCAAGCUCCGGUUGCGGCCCAGGCCCCGCCGCCCGAGGCUCUGCCCAGCGAGCCGGCCGCCGAGGCCGAGGCGGAGGCCGCGGCUGCGGCUGUGCCCGGGUUCGACGAUGAAGAGGCGGCGGAGGGCGGCGGCCCGGGGCCCGAGGAGGUGGAGUGUCCACUGUGCCUGGUGCGGCUGCCGCCGGAGCGGGCCCCGCGCCUCCUCAGCUGCCCUCACCGCUCGUGCCGGGACUGCCUCCGCCACUACCUGCGCCUGGAGAUCAGCGAGAGCCGGGUACCCAUCAGCUGUCCCGAGUGCAGCGAGCGACUCAACCCUCACGACAUCCGCCUGCUGCUUGCCGACCCGCCGCUCAUGCAUAAGUACGAGGAGUUCAUGCUGCGACGCUACCUGGCCUCGGACCCCGACUGCCGCUGGUGCCCGGCCCCGGACUGCGGUUAUGCUGUAAUUGCCUAUGGCUGUGCCAGCUGCCCAAAGCUGACCUGUGAGAGGGAAGGCUGCCAGACUGAGUUCUGCUACCACUGCAAGCAAAUAUGGCAUCCAAAUCAGACGUGCGAUAUGGCUCGUCAGCAGAGGGCACAGACUUUGCGAGUGCGGACCAAGCAUACUUCAGGUCUCAGUUACGGACAAGAGUCCGGACCAGCAGAUGAUAUCAAGCCAUGCCCACGAUGCAGUGCUUACAUUAUCAAGAUGAAUGAUGGAAGCUGUAAUCAUAUGACCUGUGCAGUGUGUGGCUGUGAAUUCUGUUGGCUUUGUAUGAAAGAGAUCUCAGAUUUGCAUUACCUCAGCCCCUCUGGCUGCACAUUCUGGGGCAAGAAGCCGUGGAGCCGUAAGAAGAAAAUUCUUUGGCAGCUGGGCACAUUGAUUGGUGCUCCUGUGGGAAUUUCCCUCAUUGCUGGCAUUGCCAUCCCUGCCAUGGUCAUCGGCAUUCCUGUUUACGUUGGCAGGAAGAUUCACAGCAGGUAUGAGGGAAGGAAAACCUCCAAACACAAGAGGAAUUUGGCUAUCACAGGAGGAGUGACUUUGUCGGUCAUUGCAUCCCCAGUUAUCGCUGCAGUUAGUGUUGGUAUUGGUGUCCCCAUUAUGCUGGCUUAUGUCUAUGGGGUUGUGCCCAUUUCUCUCUGUCGCGGGGGUGGCUGUGGAGUUAGCACAGCCAAUGGAAAGGGAGUGAAAAUUGAGUUUGAUGAAGAUGAUGGUCCAAUCACAGAGUCAUCAAGGAAGAUACCAGAUUCUGUUUUGAUCCUAUGCAAUCUUGAAUCAAGAUGUUUGGUUCCAUCCCCAGUGGCAGAUGCUUGGCGAGCCCUCAAAAAUCCCAGCAUUGGGGAAAGCAGCAUUGAAGGCCUGACUAGUGUAUUGAGCACCAGUGGGAGCCCUACAGAUGGACUCAGUGUCAUGCAGGGGCCAUACAGUGAAACAGCCAGCUUUGCAGCCCUCUCAGGGGGCACACUGAGUGGUGGCAUUCUUUCCAGUGGCAAGGGAAAAUACAGCAGGUUAGAAGUCCAAGCCGAUGUCCAAAAGGAAAUUUUCCCCAAAGACACAGCCAGUCUUGGUGCAGUUAGUGACAACGCAAGCACUCGUGCUAUGGCCGGUUCCAUAAUCAGUUCCUACAACCCACAGGACAGAGAAUGUAACAAUAUGGAAAUUCAAGUGGACAUUGAAGCCAAACCAAGCCACUAUCAGCUUGUGAGUGGAAGCAGCACAGAGGACUCACUCCAUGUUCAUGCUCAGAUGGCAGAGAAUGAAGAAAGUGGUGGUGGCAGUGGUGGUGGUGGCGGCGGUGGCACUGGCAGCAAUGAAGAGGAUCCCUCCUGCAAACACCAAAGCUGUGAACAGAAAGACUGCCUGGCCAGCCAACCUUGGGACAUCAGCCUGGCCCAGCCUGAGAGCAUCCGCAGUGACCUGGAGAGCUCUGACACACAGUCAGACGAUGUGCCAGAUAUCACCUCCGAUGAGUGCGGCUCCCCUCGCUCCCAUACUGCAGCCUGCCCCCCGACCCCCCGAGCCCAAGGUGCACCGAGCCCAAGUGCCCAUAUGAACCUCUCUGCCCCAGCUGAGGGGAAGACUGUCUUGAAGCCAGAAGGUGCAGAAGCCAGAGUAUGAAGUGGAAUGAAUGCUCCUGUUCUGAGAAGCACACUUGUAACUGCAUCUUUUGGAAUUUUUUUCUUUUGGUGGGGAGGGGGUGUGAUUUAUGUAUUUUAUUUCAAAGAUUCUCUGGUCACAGGUGUUUCUGAGAGAAAUUCUGAGAAAUUUGCUAUUUCUUACCAGAUUAAAAAAAUGGAAAAUUUGCCCUUAGCCCCACCCUACUUCCCACCCCCUCUCCCCUUUUCUUAGUUUUAAUUUAUUAUUUUAACUGAUGGUGGCAAUCUGUGAGACGUGUCAGAGUGUACAGAUGUAUGUGUGUAUAUUGUAUGUAUGCUAACAUUACUGAAGGACACAUUUUAAUAAAAGAUUUCUGUUGUAA